AUCGACGGGCGACUGCGCAUACUGCGCAUCCGCCAAAAACAGUUCCUAGCACUCCACCAAGCCCUUGUCGCCCACCGAGAAGCAUUUCUGCAGGCCAUCAAAGAGGACGACGGGUACUCUGACAAAGAGGCCAAGAUCAUCAUUGCAAGUGCCCUGAUCGAAGUCCGCAAUCACUACGACGCGCUGGAUUUCAAGACGGACCUGGAGAAGGAGUAUUCUCUCGCAAAGAACAAGAGCAACGAGGACAGACGCGUGCCAUUGGGAAUCGCAUAUAUCAUCGCCGACCGCUUCACCACGUUUUAUAGUGUCGUCUCCGCUUUGUCUGCCGCUCUUGAAGCCGGCGCUUGCGUGGUUGUAGAGCUAGAAAACACGUUGCGGAAGACGCCUGCACUGUUGAAACAGGUCUUGACGGAUGCCCUCGACAAAGACGCUUUCGGAUUCGUCUCUUCAAGAGCACCCGCCGAGUAUCUCGCCCAGUGUGUUGUCGUUGACCAGACCGGAACCGUGGAUUCGCUAUCUGCCCAGCGGGUUCUGACGUCGCCCCUCCAUCGAAAUGUCGCUUUGGUUGACCGCACUGGUAAUGUGGCACUAGCUGCCAAGGAGAUUGUCGCUUCAUCCAUGGUGUUCAAGGGUGCAAGUCGCUAUGCCGUCGACUUGGUCAUGGUCAACGAAUUCGUAUUCGACAAGCUUACAGCAGCCUUGAACCAAGAACUUAUAAACGCUACAAAGACAACCGGCUUUUCCUUCGCCGCCUUGCAGUCGGGCAAGGGCAGAUCUUCCACCAAGACGACAGACAAGAAUCUCCUUCAAGCCGAGAUCGCAAAUGGCAGGGCCGCAACCGUCAUUGGUACUCCGGAUGGCGGCAUUGCACAGGUAGUCGACAGGAAAAGCACGCUCAUGAACAGCAAACGAUCCUUCCCCAGCAUUGUCGUGUGCAAAUACACCAGUCUGGACGAUGCCAUCGAGGUGCUGAACCCAGGAGCAGAAAAACCAACUCCCAUCGCCGCAUUCUACCUGUUCACCGGCCCGCGCGAGGCAAAGUACUUCUCGCACUCCAUCAAUAGCCAAGUCAACUACAUCAACCACAUUCCGUCCCAACUAACAGUCGGCCCAACAGUUGCCCUUGGCUACCCCACCGAUCUGAAGUGGCGCUAUACGCGCGCCAUGUUCGAGAUGCCGAGUCCACAAGUCAUGCCGCCUCCGAAGCCGCAUAUGGUUUCGACCGUCUUCCAAGAAGCCGACCACAUCGACCAGAUUGCACAAAGGCCGUUGAAGCCCACCGGCCAGCCCGUCGCAGGAGCAUGGGGCUUCUUCGAACAAGGAAUUUGGCUUGGCGCUCUGGUUUACGUCUUGCCGCUCAUAAGCCUG